GGAAGGUAUUUAAUGCCGGGGAACAGUGAACUCAAACCUCGAGAGCCACCACAGAAUCCACACACUCCGGCACCAUGGCUUUGUCCUGCAAAAGCUGGCUCUCUAACGAGGGUGGAAAACAUCUGCUUCUGCUUUUGUGGCUGUCGAUCAACGUGCUGCUCUUUUGGAAAACUUUUACGCUUUAUUACCACGGGGCACAGUAUUACUAUUUGCAUCGUAUGCUUGGGCUAGGAUUAUGCAUUAGUAGAGCUUCUGCUUCAGUCCUGAAUCUGAACUGCAGUCUUGUCCUGCUGCCCAUGUGUCGCACUUUACUGGCAUUUCUGCGAGGGUCACAGAAGAUUAUGAGCAGAAAAGCACGAAGAUUGCUGGAUAAGAGUAGAACUUUUCAUAUAACAUGUGGUUUUACUAUAUGUCUGUUUUCAGUAGUCCAUGUUGCAGCUCAUAUGGUCAACGCCCUAAACUUCUCUCUGCAUUACAGUGAAGAAUUUCCAGCCCUCAAUGUUGCUCGUUACCGGGAUGAGGAUCCCAGAAAGAUUCUCUUCACAACACUUCCAGGAGUAACUGGCUUCCUCAUGGUGUUGGUGCUUUUUUUAAUGUGCACUUCUUCAUCAUACUCUAUAAGGUAUUCAAACUAUGACAUCUUUUGGUACACACACAACCUCUUCAUAAUCUUCUAUAUUUUACUUCUGCUUCAUGUGACUGGAGGCAUGUUGAAAUAUCAGACAAAUUUGAAUGAACACACCCCUGGCUGCAUUGAUCCGAAUAAAACAUUAAUUGAUGAUAUCCCUGUAUCCGAGUAUCCACCAGAAAGCAAUGGUGAGCCUCAGCCUGGGUUGGAAAACAACUUUGGGAGGGUCUGCACUGAAGCCCCAAAGUUUCAGUCUAAUUUACAAGAGACGUGGUUUUGGGUGUCUGGCCCUCUCUGUCUCUAUUGUGCAGAAAGGCUGUAUCGAUAUAUUCGGAGCAACAAACCUGUUACCAUCGUCUCAGUGAAUUCUCAUCCAUGUGAUGUGAUAGAGAUACGAAUGGUAAAAGACAACUUCACAGCAAGGCCAGGUCAGUACAUUGUCCUGCACUGUCCAAGUGUGUCAGCAUUUGAGAGCCAUCCAUUUACUCUCACAACGAACCCUGCAGAAAACCGAAGAACAUUUGGCAUUCACCUCCGUGUUCUCGGAGAUUGGACAGAAAGGUUUAGGGAGCUGCUGCUGUCCGAAACAAACAUUGAUGCAGAGAUCCUGCCCAUCCUGCAACAGAGAAAUUACCCGAACUUAUAUAUUGAUGGUCCAUUUGGGAGUCCGUCAGAGGAAGUCUUCAACUAUGAGGUUAGCCUUUGUGUGGCCGGUGGUAUUGGAGUGACCCCUUUUGCUUCAGUACUAAAUACACUAUUAGUUGAUUGGAAGCAAUAUAAGCUCAGGCGGCUUUACUUCAUUUGGGUGUGCAAGGAAAUUCAGUCCUUCCUCUGGUUUGCGGAUCUGUUGUGCAUUUUACAUGACAAGCUAUGGCAAGAGAACCGUCCAGACUACUUGAACAUCCAGCUGUAUCUCAGCCAAACAGAUGGGUUGCAGAACUUAAAUGCAGAAAAAUAUCAAGUGCUGAACUCCAGGCUUAUUAUUGGAAAGCCUCGCUUGAAAUUUCUGUUUGGUGAAAUAGCCAAGUGCAAUAGACAAAAGUGCGUUGGUGUUUUUUGCUGUGGACCCAGGAAACUCUCCAAAGAGCUUCACGAUCUCAGCAACAAAACUAGCUCACAUGGAACAAAAUUUGAGUACAACAAAGAAUCAUUCUCUUGAAAACUACUAAGGAAUAUGUUCAGCCAUAAAAAAAAAAACUUGGAAGUGCAAUUAUUUUUUGUUAAUAUGGUGGUCAGCAGGAUUGGCCUUAGACAAUCUCCAGACACCAAAGAGUGAAUCAUUGAAUGCAUACUAAUACAGCAAUUGAUGAGGUGCAGGUAGAACUUUGUUUAUUGGAUUGUCAAAAUCAGGUUAUGAUCAACUGACACAUUUUUGUAAUCUUUGGGUAAAGCUGGAUAUCUUGUUUUUAUAAUGACACUUGUGAUUUUUAUUGCAGUUUUAGUAAAUCUAUUUCUUAUAAGGGAAUUUACAUGGACAGAGACAGAAAUUGUUCAGUGUCAUACAUUGAUGCUUUUAAGGCUUCAGAACACCCAUUAGUUUCCUGUACCUACAUCGUGUACUAUGCUGCAGCUGACAUUGAAGCUAACGGCCAUGUCUCCUUUCUACUCCCAGCUCUGCAUGUUAAAGCAUAUUCCUUGUAUGGUAUUAGAAUAUUUGUGUUUUUCUGCACACAAUCCACAUA